UCUCCCUUUCUAGAACCAACCCUUCCAAACUAGAACCAUUUCUACCACUUUCUAACAAUUUCUUCACUAUUUUACUUCAAUCCAUCUGUUUUUUCAUUUCUAUUGAAAUUACAGAGAAAAUUGUAAAAAUGGCGGAUGAAUUAUCGUUGGACUUAGAGGAGCUUCGCAACCUCCAAAACAUUGCUAAGAGACCUCGCGUUGUUUCUCUCAUUUCCUCCGAAAUUCGCAAUUUAGAAAAGUUAUCAAAAGACAAAGAAACUCCAGCUGCUGCCCAACACCCUACUCCAAUUCCUUUAACGACGAAGGUGUCUUCCUCUCCAGCACUGACCUAUUCUACGCUCUCAUCUUUCAGUUGGGAUCAGAACAACGAUAAAGUAAAGAUAUACCUGUCUCUAGAGGGAGUGCAAGAAGAAAAGAUGGAGAAAAACAUAAAGCCAACGUCUAUUGAGUUCAAGUUUCAUGAUAUUCAGGGGAAGAACUAUCAUUUUGCUAUCCCCAAAUUAAACAAGGAGAUAGUGCCAGAGGAAUGCAAGGUCAUAAUUAAGCCUACAAGGGUUACCAUCACCAUGGUCAAAGCUUCUAAAGGGAACUGGCUGGAUUUGCAUUACAAAGAGGACAAGUUGAAGCCAAAGCUGGAUAAGGAAAAAGAUCCUAUGGCUGGAAUAAUGGAUCUGAUGAAGAAUAUGUAUGAAGAAGGGGAUGAAGAAAUGAAGAAAACCAUUGCUAAAGCUUGGACUGAUGCAAGAUCUGGGAAAACUGCUGAUCCACUAAAGGGAUAUCGUUGACGACGUGCAUAUGCCAAUUUAGGGAUUCUGGUCCACUUUUGUAACAGAAUACAUUAGCUACCCUUUGACGUGCAUAGGCCAGUUUAGGGAUUCUAGUCCACUUUUGUAACAGAAUACAUUAGCUGCCCCUUGACCCUGAUGCUACGGCAUGAAUUUGGUAUUGCGAUAGAAAGGUGGGGAAGGGUUGAAUCUCUUCUAUGUCUUUUGUAUCCAAGACAGUUGCAUGCUUUACCCUUUGAAGUUCCAUACAGUAUGCCCGUUCAAAGGUUUUGUCUC